UCGACUGCUGCAAGCGCAUGUCGUAAUAAUAAAUUGGACAUUAUAUUAAUUAAAAGCGCAUUAAUAUGGCGCAGAGCAGGCUGGAAAAGAUUGGUACUAUCUUCAGCAGGGUUCAGGGAUUGCUACGCGGUGGCGCCAUGAAAACUGAGGAUAAGCCCAUUUGGUAUGACAUCUAUGCGGCUUUUCCCCCUAAACUGGAGCCCCGCUUUGACAGACCCGCCGUAAAUAUGCCUGUGCGCAACAUAUUCUAUGCCGAGGACGUAGUGCGAGCAAAGCUGCACAAGCAUAAUAAACCCCAAGAAACAAUAUCGCUAUUUGAUCAGAAACGUGCCACACAAUCCCAGCAGUUUAUCCAGAUCUAUGAGCAGCUGAAGAGCCAAGGUGCGCUGGAUGAUCAGAGGAUUUAUGAGACAGCUCUCGAUUUACUGGCCGAGCAGCGUCAACAAUUACGCGCAGAGCCCGUCGAGGAAAACCUGGAAGAGGAUCAGGCUUCAGGGAAGAGCACAUUGCUCAGUGAUUUCCGGGAGGCAGGCGUGCAGCAGCAGCAGCUGGAAAAGACGCCCACCAGAACGAAAAAGGAGCCCAGUGCGGGCAUCAACAUAGACAGCUUGUUCAAGGAUUAA